GGGACGGAGUGAAAAAGAGGCAAGCAAACAGUUUACAUCAUUAUUCCAGAAAGAUCCACAGCUGGCUGGUCUGACAGAGGCUGUUGGUGUAUUUAAGUGCGCAGGGAAAACAGGCAGCAAGAUUUUAGAGACGGGACAGUGCUGUAGGAGACCCAGAGACGAAAUGGACAUCGCCAUCCAGCAUCCCUGGUUCCGCCGCUCUUUCUGGCCCUCCUUCUUUCCAAGUCGGAUCUUUGACCAGCACUUUGGGGAACACAUCUCUGAGAGUGACAUGAUUCCCUCACUGUACUACCAUCGGCCUUCUUCUUUUCUGCGCUGGCCAAGCUGGAUGGAGAGCGGACUGUCUGAGAUGAAAAUGGAAAAGGACCGCUUCUUGAUAAAUCUGGAUGUCAAACAUUUCACACCAGAGGAACUGUCAGUGAAAAUCAAUGGCGAUUUCAUUGAAAUUCGUGCGAAACAUGAGGAUCGUCAGGACGAUCAUGGUUUUGUCUCACGGGAGUUUCUAAGAAAAUACCGUUUUCCUGCUGGUGUGGAUCCAACCUCUGUCACUUCCUCUUUGUCUUCCGAUGGUGUUCUGACCGUGAUGGCACCACGCAAGCAGUCGGAUGCCCCCGAGCGCACCAUUCCCAUCACCCAUGAUGACAAGAAGAAGUAAAGCUGGCAGACUUCCAGUGUUGCAACUUGAAUUUUUUUAGUGUUGCAAUGUUCUUUGUCUUUUCCACUCACUGUGCUUCUACUCAAUCUAUCCUCCAAUGCUCAAUAUGAUCAGGCUACAGGGGAAUGAAUUACCGGAAGGCCAAAUGAUUAAGUCUUUGCUAUACUUUAGGCUGGUUAUUGGGUUGAAACUACACCAGUUUGGCAGCGGUGACAACUUAAACGACUGUUAACCAUUUUUAUGGAAAUAAAUGGUUACAAUAAAGUAUUGUCUCUGCUGUUUAUGCUGCAGUAGGAUGUGACCCUGCCACCAAACAAAGGAGUCCUUUGAUAUUUUGCAGCCAGUCUAUGCUGUUGGUCGCAUGACAUGCAAAUAAGUCUUAAGUGUGGGAUGAUUUUCCUUAGAAUCUAUUAGGAACAAAGAUCUUUAAAAGGUCAAUAACAAGUAUUUUAUGAAUUAGAUAGCAAUGAGUUGAUGAGUUAUGUGUGUUAUUUGCCACAUACACAGCAUCGUCUUAUAUCCGAAAGAGCUCAGUUGAAAAUGGUUGGGUGUUUUUUCUUAUAUUGUUUUUCAUAUCCAGAUAUUAUAGGGGAAUUAGCAAGUUAUUCUUUCAUUUAAGGGGGGUCAUUUUGGGACCAAAGGAGCGAGAUAAGUGAAUAAGUCUUUCUUUUGAUGGUAUGCAGAUGUGUUUUGUUCUGACCUGUUGGCAAUGAGAGAUUAUGAUCGGUUGUUUGAUUCCAAUUUGAUGUUACACAUAGCAUAUUUAUCCAGACAUAGAGCACCAAGGGUUAAUAACACCUCACCAUUGCUUAAUGCAGAGUUAAAGAAGUAAAAAGGCAUUUGAAUGUUAUUAUUCAGAAUGAAGAACUAUAAUGAAGCUUUAUUUGUUUGCUCAUUUUGUACGUUUACGUAUGUGUGUUUGUGUGAAUAAGCGCCAACAUUUUCACAUUGUUUACAAUCAAUGAGACUAUUCAGUUUCUCAUUAAUGGCUGACUUAUUCAAAUACAGUAAAGCUGCUAAUACCAAACUGUAUCAGUCGUUUUGUGAUAAACUGGAAAAUAUCUUUAUUUCCUCUUAUCUCCUAACUAAAGCAAAGGCCUGCUACAAAAAACUGCUGCAUUUUAACAACUAUAGGAGGAUUAAGUGAGAUGGAGCAUAUGAGCAUUUGAAAAAACUUUCCACUGCUUUCUUAUUAAUCACCGCUCCAAGCAUUUCAUUAACUUUUUAAUCUCAUGAAAUAAUUAUUAAUAAAAUCUUUAGUCAUUUAAAA